AUGCCUGUCAUCACCAGGGCCACACUGGCCAUUGGCGCAGUCAGUGCUGUUCUGCUUACCUACCUCGUGCGCUGGGUGCUGCAGUGGCGGCGACUUGCUCAUGUGCCUGGGCCAGUGUUCGCGUCCUUCUCCAAGGGAUGGAUGAUCCGGGAAUCUCUCAAGGGCCGACAGCCGAUUGCGUUCAAGGAAGUCAACGACAAAUAUGGCAGUCUCGCGCGAGUCGGUCCUAAUGAGCUCAUUACGGAUGACCCUGAGGUUUUGCGCAAGAUGAUGGCGGCCCGCUCCGAGUACACGCGAGGCCACUGGUACAGUGCCAUGAAGUUCGACCCUACACGUGACAACCUCUUCUCGAUGCGCGAUGAGGUUGCUCACACCAAGUUGCGAAGCAAGAUGGCCGCCGGCUACUCGGGCAAGGAGAACGAAUCAAUGGAAGGCUCUAUCGACUUACUAAUUGGCAGCCUCGUACACUUGAUCGAAACCAAGUACAUCUCGACAUCUGACAACUACCGGCCCAUGGACUUUGGCGAAAAGGCUUCCUUCUUCACCCUGGAUGUCAUCAGUGAAUUAGCUUUCGGUGAAGCAUUUGGCUAUCUCGAGAAUGAUAGUGACGUCUUCGAAUACCUCAGCAUCACGAAGACCUUCAUUCCUAUCAUGAUGGUGAUGGGAGAUGUUCCCUCGCUCGCAAAUCUGCUCCAGUCCCGUGCUCUGCGGGGACUGCUUCCUUCAGAGAGCGAUAAGCUUGGGUUUGGGGCUUUCAUAGGUAUUGCAAAGAAACUCGUAGCACGGCGGUACGGACCGGACGCCAAGUCCCACCCCGAUAUGCUAGGCUCUUUUAUCCGCCAUGGUCUUACGCAGGAAGAAGCUUCUGGAGAGGCUCUACUCCAGGUCGUCGCUGGUAGUGAUACAUCUGCAGGCACCAUCCGAACUGUAAUGCUCAACAUCCUCACCAACCCGACUUCAUACAGCAAGCUCCGUAAGGAGAUCGCUGACGGCAUUGCUAACGGAAAAGUCUCUUCACCCGUCAAGGAUGCUGAAGCGCGUCAACUUCCCUAUCUUCAAGCUGUCCUCAAAGAGGCGAUGCGCCUUAUGCCACCUGCUUCUGGCGCCUUCUUCAAGACAGUCCCCGCCGGUGGAGACACCAUCAAUGGCAAAUUCAUCCCCGGUGGAACGCAGAUUGGCUCAUCACCGCUAGGUAUUCACCGCUCAAAGAAGAUUUUCGGUCCUGACGCAGACCUGUUCCGCCCUGAGCGAUGGAUUGAGGCCAGCCCAGAGAAGUUUGACCACAUGGCCGGCACCGUUGAUCUCAUCUUUCACUACGGCAAAUACCAGUGCCUUGGAAGGAAUGUUGCGCUUAUGGAAUUCAACAAGAUCUUUGUCGAACUGUUGCGAAAGUUCGACUUCUCGAUCUCCCGUCCUGAAAAUCCAGCCAAUAUCUACAAUGCGGGUAUCUGGAUCAUGGAGGACUUCUGGGUCCGAUGCGUUCACAGAGAGUCCUAA